GCCACUUGCUGCACAGUGGAUGCCCGUGGUCCCCCCCCCCACCGCCCGGCCACAGCUCAGGCUCCGGCUCUGAUAUCAGGACGAGACCAGAGGAUGGAUUUCUAUCACUUCACUUUUCUCUGCGGGGCUCUUGCGUUUGUUUGGGAAAUCCCCUGCUGUCAGACUCUUGUGAUUUUCCCUCCAGCUGUCCAGAAGAGCAGCAAGGUGGCGAGGAUUUUUGAUGGACAAGAAGCUUCUAAAUAUUUCAAGGAGUUUUACGCGCCGCCAUCCAUCGACAGAAACAAUAAAGCGACGUCUACAGAGCUGAUUGAGCCUCAUGAUUACAUGCUGUCUAUUUACAAGACUUUCUCCACUGCGGAGAGACUGGGACUCAACGCCAGCUUCUUUCGGUCUUCAAAAGCUGCAAACACUAUUGCAAGUUUUGUGGACAUUGGACAAGAUGACCUCCCACUCUCGCCUCUGAGGAGACAGCAGUAUCUGUUCGACGUCUCAACCCUCUCCAAAAAAGCGGAGGUGCUGGGAGCCGAGCUCAGGAUAUACACCAAAGUGUCUGGGAAUUUCAGGAUAUCGGAAACGGAGCCCGUUGACAUCCAGCUCCUCUCCUGCCACGACCAGCAGCUGCUCGACUCCAAAACACUCGACCUGCAGGAUUCCCAAAGGCCGAAGUGGGAGGUGUUGGACGUGUGGGAAACAUUCAAAGAGCAGCAGCACCUGAGCCAGGGGAAGCACUUCUGUCUGGAGCUCAGGGCCAUGCUGGACAACCCAGAGAGGGAGCUGGACCUGCACCUUCUGGGCCUGCACAGGCACGGCAGGCCUCAACAGAAGAAAGCCAUCUUGGUGGUCUUUACCAGGUCUAAGAAGAGGCAGACCCUUUUCAGUGAGAGGAGAGAGGGGAGGGCGCUGCUGGGCCUAGAGAGGAAGGCCAAAGAGAGGGGCCCAGGCGCUAAAGCCAGCAGGAGAAGGAGGACGGCUGCGUCCAAAACCCGCCAUGGGAAGAGACACGGCAAGAAGUCCAAAUCCAGGUGCAGCAAGAAGCCGCUGCACGUCAACUUCAGAGAUCUGGGCUGGGACGACUGGAUCAUCGCCCCACUGGAUUACGAAGCGUACCACUGCGAGGGGGUUUGUGACUUCCCCCUGCGCUCCCACCUGGAGCCCACCAACCACGCCAUCAUCCAGACUCUGAUGAAUUCAAUGAACCCCAGCAACAUGCCGCCCAGCUGCUGCGCCCCGUCCAAACUCAGCCCCAUCAGCAUCCUCUACAUCGACUCAGGAAACAAUGUGGUCUACAAACAGUACGAGGACAUGGUGGUGGAGUCUUGUGGCUGUAGGUAGUAGAUCUGGCAGGUGUAGUGCUUUAUGUUGACCUCCAUCUUCGUCAGGCUCUCUGUUUAGUGGGAAUCAAACAGCUUUGCAGUCUGUGUGGUGGCAAAUGGAUGGAGACUUACGGAUGCAUUUUUCUAACCAUGCACCCAACAAGGUCAUGUUUAAUACCUCAAACAUUUGUUUUCUUGCUUUUUUCUGUACAUUCCUGUCCAGCCACUUCAACGCCACACUGAUGUCUUAUUCAUGGAUUUAUAAGAUAAGCUCAUCUCUUUUUCACCAAAUCAACAAAAGUUUAAAAAGAACCUUUUGACAAAUAAACGUAUUCUCUUUCUUUCUGAGAGUUAGAAGAAAAGAUCAAUACCACUCAUCUGUCUGAAUGGGAAACAUGAAGCUGUCACCAGCAGCCAGUUAGUUUAGCAUAGCUUAGCAUAAAGACUGGAAACGGGGGGAAACAGCUAGCCACGGCUUUGUCCGAAGGUAACAAACCAUGAAACAAGAUAUAAUGUUUUCUUCAGUGAGCUUUAGAGGUGCAGAUUUUAAUACCUUGAGACGCUAGCUGUUUCCCUCUGUUUCCAUUCUUUGUGCUAAGCUAAGCUAACUUGACUGUAGCUUCAUAUGUACCGUACUAGAGUCGAUUAAUUGAUUAGUCGAUCGAAAGAAAAUUAGCUGCCAGCUACUUUGAUAAUGGAUUGUUUCCGUCAUUAUUCAAGCAAAAUGUAAAAUAUUCUAGCUUUUUCUAUGAAAGGACGCAUUUGCUGCUUUUCUUUGUCAUUUAAGAUAAUAAAGAGCGGUAUUGAUCUUAUAUAUUGAUCAUUUCCAAAACUAUUUCUUUAAAAUGAGACACAUUACAUAUCAUCGGGGCCUUUAAAGGAGGGGGAAGCGAUUCUAAUCGAGUUCACUUAUUUUCAAGUUCAACGAAUAUCUCCUCACUGCUCUGUGUGUGUACUUUAAAACGCAGCCCUGGCUCUGCAAAUGGGAAACAAAGUGGAUCAAGACUUAGCCACACAACACUAACUUGUUAUUCCAGUCAGGAUUUGUGUGUAACCUUAAAUCACUCGUCCACAGAUAUUCAGUUUACUUUCUAGUUUACCGAGAUAUGCUUUUGUUGCGAUGAUGGUUUUCUGGCUCUGGGAAACUCGUCCUCUCUGCAAUGUAAGCAGCACCGCAGCAACUUCAGCAACAUUGAUUACAUUACUUUCUGUGUUGUUGUUCGCACUAAAUCACGGUAUUUGUCAUGGUAUUUCUCCACAUUAGCUGACCCCCACCUUUAAGGAAAAAAAUUCCUCUGCUCUUAUAAAUUUAUUGCCAGUGCAAAACAACUGGUGCCCCUUUUAAUCUCCUUACCUCCCAUUGUUUGGCCAGUGGGGCGCUAGCACUACGUUCAUCCUUCAUAGUCUCCCUGUCUUCAAAGCAGUCUGGCAGGCCAACAACAUAAUUGUGACAUUCAUUACAAGGUACUAAAGAUCAAACAUAGUCUAUCUGUUUUAGAACAUUUGAUGACUUAGCUGAAUUGAGUGAUUACACCUCUGUGGCUUUGUUUCUUCUACUACUUCAGGUAUUUUUUUUGUCUUGAGUGACGUCUCUGUCAGGAUUAAAAAGCAGAUUUUCAGCACUUGACAUGGCCUAUGACUCAGGGAACUCGAGUGUUGGAGAGAAUGUAAAGUCCUUUUUUUUUUUCAGAUUGAACCACCAUCAGUAUAUUCCCACCAAAAACUUUCCUCAUCAGUUUACUAACCAUCUUUUUUUUUUGUUGAGGAGUUACAUAAUUUUGUCUGUGAUGCACUGAUGUUUCAAAGGUACCAUGUGUAAAUAUUUGAUACGGAAAUAAUAAUUUAUGUUCUACGAAUAAGUUAUUUCAUUUUUAUUGUCCGCUUUGUUCCCUUACAACUUCCAGACGGCAUGAGUCACACAUCUGGAUGUUCAGGUUCAAAUAAACACAUAUGGGUAAUGUUUUGGUAACGAAACGUGACAGAUAUCUUUGGUCACAGACUGUGAAAUACUGUAGUAUCAUCAUGUUUUUGUUGUAUAUAUAAAUAGAAAAUAAUUAUUCACCAAAGAAAAAACAUUGUUUGUAUUUGGUGAACUCUUUUUUUUUUAGGCUAUACUGUUGUUUCAAACAUUAGUAGCACAUUUUUGUCUCUUAUAUAUUUUGUUUUUGCAUUAUUUACUGGAAUCUGAAAAUAAUAUAUUAUACUGACUGUCAGUAAGAUGAAAUGGAUAAUUCAGUGUCAUCCCACAAUGUUUAUAUUUUAUUGGACCCUCUCUUUGCUCUCCUGCAUCCAACCGUGACACAUAAUUACAGCAGAAAAUGAAUUGAUAAUGUAUUUUUACAGAGUAAAAUAAUCAAAGCAAAAAUUGUUUAACCAAAUUAAUCUAUUCUUAUAAACUGUGUGAACUGUAAGAUAUGUAGAGUAACAGGCAAAUUAAAAUGUCUUGAACUUAAAA